GUCAACCUGUUACUGUUCCGGAACUUUUUAGUGUUGCUUUCCUUGAAUAGUAAAUAAAUAAUACAAAAUAAUAUAAUACUAGUUGAUUAGGUCUUAAUUUCAAAUAUUCUAAAUCUCAAAGUUAUGAUGACAAAAGCAAGCAAAUCUUUAGAAUACUGAGAACAGGUAUGGUGUUAACAGUAUCAAUCCUUAUUUAAAAUUUUAGUCUAAAGUUAAGUUUAGAGUUUAAGUUUAGGUCAUUUCAAUUUUAGACAUUUUAUAAAUAAGUUAAUGAAUACAAGUAGAAGUUAGUGUUCAUUGCUAGUGGUCUUAGAAGUCUAAAGCUACUAAGCUAAGAAGUAAAGAGUAAGAGUCUAAGACUGCUAAUGCUAAGAGUAAGAGUAGAGUGAAACUAGGACUAAGUCAUUUCACUAAGUCCCAAUUUUGAAUUAAAUUAAAUUUAAUUAACUUAAUAAUAUAAGUAUAAGUCAAAGUCAUAUAGGCCCACAAUUUCAUUAGUCUUAGCUAGUACUUAUUAAACAUUAAUAAUAAUAUGCCUAGACUGGUUUGUUUUUGUCAUUGUUAUUUACUUGUAAAUUUCUGACUAUUGGCAUUAGUUUGAAAUUGGUUAUCUAAAAUUAGUCUUUUUAAUAGUAUAUAUACAUCUUCUACAAUCUACAUGCCCUAUUAUAUAUUAUUACUAUCUAAAUUUAUGUGAACCUAAUUCUGUUUUUUAACUACUUUUCUAAAAUCAUAUUCAUUUCAAUUUUAAAAAAGUUUCCCAAAUUCUUAGGCUGGUAUUGUUAGUGGUGUUGGCGUUGGAUAGGGCAGGUAGCUCCCUAAAUCUAAACAUAAUUUAAUACUAAUGAUGCACUCCAAUGGGCCGCAAUGGGUAACGGAUAGAGUUCAGUUCAAUGCUUCCUUCCUUAAAUUGGUUUGGACCUAAGUAUAAUUCGGGAUGAACAUGGCAACUUAAUUAUAUUCCUCAGAUAUGAUGCCAGGCCUGCCGACAACCUGUAGAAAUAUGAUGACUUAAUUAAUCAUAAUGAAACUUUAUAAAUUAUAAUUAUACAAUUUUCAGCUCUGUAAAUCAGAUCAAAAUGGAGGCCAUAGCCAUAGACCAUGUUGAGAUGAGAAAAGACAGAGCAGCGUUAGAACGGUCACCUGAAUCACAGGACAAGGUUAACUUUUAAAAAACCCUUUUCUGUUUUAUGACUACAUUCAUUUUGAAUUAUAAUUAUAGUUUAUAGCCAUAUAUUAAAGCUAAUAGUAGCAAAUCCUAAUGGUUUUAAUAGAUAAUUUAAUUAUGCAAUUACAAUGUAUCUACAUCCAUAAAACAAUGAGAAUUUAAAAACAUUUACAUGCUACUCUAAAUGGACACUCCUAAAUAAAAUUGUUAGUGGAAGUUUUGUAAUUAAGUAUUUAUAGAUGCAUAAAUGAAAGAAGCAAGUUUUAAAAUACUUUGUUGUAAUUUUAAUGUUCUAUAUCCUCAGUCGACAGGGGCUACUUUAGAAGCCAGACCUAACAAAGAAUCCUUUGUUGUUAAGCGAGGAAUGAAAGGAAAACCCAAGCCUCUGUACUUCUGGAACAUUGCUGACGUGAACAAAUGGUUGCGCAAACAUGGGGGUGUAUAUUAUGAGAUGUAUGGGGAGCUGCUUAGCAAACAUGAAGUGACAGGUAUACCGAAAGAAGAAAAAGCUUUCUAUUUAAACAACAAAACUUUAAAAAUAUCAUGACAACUCAUUCUCAUCCCAUCUUCUUGUUAAGCUGCGUUUUUGAGAGCCUAUUGAUCAGUUUUCUAGCCUUUUUUUUAAAAUCCAAAACAUGAAUUAGCUCUUUUGAGGUGGUUCACACCACAAUUGCAUAAAAGCUCAAUGCUACUCCUGCAAAUGUCAAGGAAUACUACCUUAAUAAUUGUUAAAUUUUGCUUUGUGUCUGAUAAUAACAUUUAUUUUUUUCUAGACAGCACUUACAUGUCUUUCUAUAUUAAUUGAUAACAUAUUAGUAAAUUGUUUUGUUUUUUAAUAGAAAAGAGACUCAUUGACUUAAUGUUCACAGGAUUUUUUAUAAAAAUAUUUUAAGUGUACAAAUAUCUAGCACACAAUCAGCUUUUCAAGCUAUGAAUGGUUGUCAAAAUGCUAAAUUUUAUGUGUGCUUAUUGAUAACUAUCAUUUUUUUUUUUUUAAAUUGUAUUCAACUCCAGGAAGAACACUGAUUAGAAUGAAUGAUAUCAAGCUUGAGAAAAUAGGAAUUUUGGAUGCAAAUCAUAGGUAAUGUAUUGCUACCGCACUUCAUUUGUUACUAGUAUUUUAAUAUAGACCUAAAUUUUUUAUGUCUUAAAAAGUAGUAUAUCCGAACUCAUCAACUUAUCAUGCUAAUUUAAAAAACAAAACAGCCUAAAGAUGCCAACUUCAGUGAAAAGGGUAACAUUAUUUUUAAUAUAAAUUAAAGAAACUUGGCUCUGUAGAAAAGUAAAAUCCAAAACAUCAGUUGUUUUGUUGUGUCUCUACUCAAUUUUUAACAUACAGUGUGAUAUAUAUAUAUAUAUAUAUAUAUAUAUAUAUAUAUAUAUAUGCAUACAUAUAAAGAGAUUUGAAAACAUCUUUCAGACAUGACCUUAUGCAAUUUAUUUUACGACUUCGUCUUAAACAUGAAAUGAAUGAUGUUCGUGGGCUUAACCAGAGGGGUAAGUUAAAUAUAAUUUUGGUGAUUAAGAAAUUGUGAUAUUUGAAGACUUUUGUCACUGAUGUAUUUUAAGUUUUCAUUUUUUGUUAGCCAUUUAUUUAUAUUUUUAAUUGACGUUUUAGGGCACAGAAAAUAAAAAACAUGUUGUCAUUUAGCAAGAAUUCCAUCCUUCCAAGCAACCAUUAGAGUUCAAAAUUAAUUUUAAUUGCUGAUAGGAAAUAAGAUGAAGGAACUGUGUAAAAAAAAAUAUCUUUCUUUGAAAUUUAAUCACCAUAUGAAUUCAAUCAAUUAUAACAGCUUUAUAGCUUUGAAAAAAAUUCAAAGUAGUAUUAUUUUGAGAAUGAGAUAAUUUUAAAUGAGGUUGGUUUUAUUUAUUUAUGAUUUAUGUCUUGGCUUUCAGGGUCUGGUUUUGAGCUUAAAUUACCAGAGGCCAGACAAUCAUCCAUGGAUAAAUCACCGUUGGAAAAGUUUCCUGGGUCAAAGUAAUAUUCUAGUCCAUGUUUGUUCAAUGCAAGGCUUUCAUCCUUCCAUCUGCUUCUUAUUAAUUGGGACUGUUUGAAAUGCUUUCAUUCUGCGAUACCUAUUGUUAAUUUUUAAAGUAAUUUUUUUUAAAGAAGACCAGAAAAUUCACUGUAAAGUGCCCUGUGUUUCGAAGACUACUCUUAUUUACUCCAGUGGUCAGUGUUAAAUUCUUUUAUUAUUGUUCAAGUUGAAGGCUCCAACACAACCAGGGGAUCGAUCACCAUCUCUUAAUCUAAAUCUCUUAAGGAAGAAGAUAGAAUUUUGACAGAAAGUUUUUUUAAAAGUAAUACCAAACUUGUUGAAAAAAAAAAACUUUUACAAUAUUCAGAUAAGUAUUUUGUUGUAAAAAGCUCUGUACAGGUACAAAAAAAAAUAAUUUAAUGUGUCACGCAUUGUGCUGAUUAUUAAAGAAUAUUUAUAUCUAGAGGAUCAUUUAUCAUUUUUAUUUGUUCAGAGAUUAAUUUUUUUGUUAACAUCACAUUACACUGUUGUAAAGUGCUUACCAUAUGUGCAUUAUGUUGUCAAGUAAUUUAUUUCAAGUACAUCAUGCCUGGUUUAAUAAUGCAGAAUCUAAAGUCAUACAUAUGCUGUAUUUCACUUCAGCUUUGAAAAAUUUAUUUUUGCAAACCAAGCUGCAUAAAAUGGGAUUGCAAGCUUAUCAAUUUAACACAUCCUUACUGUGGAGCAUUCAGAAAUUAAUGAAUUCUUUUGAAAUGAAAAUUGUAAAGCUGUCAACUUUUGAACUACCAAUAGCAGGUAUUAGUUUUAUAUUGAUUAUCUUUGUUCUUAAAAAUCAUUUUGAUCAUUCAAAGUUGAGUUAAAAGUCCAUUCACAAAAUAAAAUCGAACUGAUGUGUGUAUUUAUCCAUUGUAGCUUAUCAUACGCAACAUUCAGAAGUUUGAAAAAUGAAGCUGAAUGUUCGUCUAUCCUAUCUUGUGUUAUUCCUUUGGUUUUAAAUAAAUCAAACAUCUUAUUCCAAUUCUCUAGACAUUCUAUGACAUAAAAUUAAAAGGUAUGUCUUAAUCGACUUAAUAUUAAAAAUUUUCUGCAAUUAAUGUUAAUUCCCAAUAUUGUUUGCUUUUCUGUUUUUUAAACAUGUUUUUUUUUUCUUCAAAUUAUGGGUCUUUUUAAACCUCUUGAUAUAUAUAAUAUAUUUGUAUGCACACGUUAACUGACAAACUGCCAUCGUCUGUAAAGUAAUUUUGAUAUAUUUCUGUCAGUUGAGUAGAAAUGUUCCAUUUUUAUUAUUGCUCUACAUUUUUAAAAAUUCUUCCACCAUAAUUUCAUUGGUAUUUUAAAUUUUAAAUAAAUUUUCCAUCUUUCAGUUGCAGCAAAAAAAACAUUGAAUGAAAUUUUGUCCUCACGUCAUUUAUUAUUUAUUUAUUAAUCAUGUCUGAGAGAGAAUAAUUUUUGUGAAAGGUAUAAAAGAAAAUGUCAAAAUAAUGGCUGGGAAUGACAAUUGUAAUAAAAAAUGAGUGCUUAGUUUGGUGUUAUGAACAUCAACUUUUUUUUUACUACCAUACUGAACCCUCAAAUAAAUAGCUUGAACCAAAUGGUAACAAUGGUAGUAGUCAAUAACGGAUGUUAAAAUGGAGGAUUAUUAACGCUUUCUUAUUAGUCAGUAUCUACUGAAGCAUUGAAUGAGAUGUUUUAUUCUAAAAUGUGUCAUCUUUAGUGGUGCAAUCCAAUUUAAUUUCACCUUAUUUUACAAUAUCAAUCAAUGGCUAAUGUAAUGUAGAAGAUACAUUCCAUUAUUUGGGUACAUGAUAAUUAUGUGGUAUGUUGUAUUUAUUUAUUGAGCUAUUUCCAUCUGAAUAUAUGCUUUGUAAGAUAUUUACAAGGUUUUUUUUUCAAUGAACUAAAAGAUUUGACAUAUGAUAAAAUGUUGUGAUUUUAAUAUUUGUAAUUGUAAAGCAUUUACUUUGGUAUUUUUUAAUCAAAUUUUGUUAAGUUUUUUUUUUUAAUUGUUUGAUUUUUAAUCAAAAUGAUGUUGCCACAUUUGAAACCACAGCUGCAUAUUUAGGAGAAACAUUUUAACAAACUGAUUAUUAAUGAUAUAGACAUAUUGUGGCACCAUAAAAUCUAUUUUACUGUACCCAGAUAUUCAAAAAUAAAACUCAGGAAAUUGUUAAGAUUUUUUUUUUUAAAAUCUUAACUCUUCCUAACAUUUCCUACCCCAACAAACCACUUGAUUAAUAAAAAUGUCUGACAGCAUUUCUUUGAAACUUUAUUUGCAAUAGGCUUAUCAAAUGUGUCUUUACAGUGUGGAUUUGAAUGCAAGGCUUUAAAAUGAUAUCAUCAAAUAAGAUUAGUUCUAUUUUGUUUGUUUUUUCUCCUCAUCAUGUGUCUUACAGAUAUGAUAACUGUUCAUAUUUCUAAUAUCUCUUUAUAUUUAAGAAUUUUUUUUUGUUGUAAUUUGAAGAAUGAUAAAAUUGGGGCAGUUCUUCAUCAAUGACUCAAAGUUGCUAUUAAUAUCAUUAUAUAUUCACAAUUUAUAUAAGAAAGGGAAACAUGUAUUUCAUGCUUAACUUUGAGGUCUACUACCGGUACAUGAGUAGUUUUUUUUUUAAAAUCUUUGUGUGUGCAGAAUUUUUUUUUUUUAAUGGAACUUUUAAAUAUAUGUGCAAUAAACUG